AUCGAAGAUUUUGGAAAAGAUCAAUUUUAGAACAACAUGACGACGUCAAAAUUGGAAUAAAGAACACAAUUUUGGGCAAGCAAAAAAAGAUUCGUAAGUUCUUUCCAGAGACCUGGCUUUGGGCAGACUUCAAGCUCAAUGACUCGUCCGUAAUACAAACCAUGGAAGUGCAAGUUCCUGAUAACAUCAAAAGUUGGGUUGCAAAUGGGUUUGCAAUGUCAUCUUUGUACGGAAUGGGGAUCUCAAAUCAAGCAACAUUGAAAGCAUUCCAACCUUUCUUUGUUCACUUGACGAUGCCAUAUUCUGUAAUCCGUGGGGAAAGAAUACCCAUCACAGUGACUGUAGUUAACUACAUGUCCUCCUGUAUUCCAGUAAAGCUUGAAUUAAGUCGCAAGACAAGAGAUUAUAAAGUGACUUCUUUUCAUAUCAAAAAGUUGUGCGUGUGUGCGGAUAGCGGAAAAUCAACACAGUAUGAAAUUAUACUUAAAAAUAUUGGCCAUGUACCGAUUACGGUUAAAGCCACAACAUCUUCAGCAAAGCUUUGUCCUCCCCCGACUUUGUAUGCGACUGAUACGGUUACCAGAAACUUGCUGGUGGAGCCGGAAGGAAUAAAACAACAAUAUAACAAAGGGACCUUCUUUUGCUCUUCUGAACAAGGGAAUUAUGGCGAGGCAAUCGAAUUACCUUUGCCGACUGAUGUCGUUCCAGGAUCAGUACUACCAAAAAUAUCGAUUGUUGGUGACAUAAUGGGCCCGGCUCUGGCAAAUUUUGAUGGGUUGUUGAGCAUGCCAGGUGGUUGCGGGGAACAAAACUUGGCUAAAUUUGCGCCGAACAUUUAUAUUUUGGAUUACCUUACGGCAACAAAUCAAAUAACAAAGAAGACUAAAGAGGACGCGCUAAGAUAUAUAACCACAGGAUACCAGAAGGAAUUAAGAUACAGACGAGGAGAAGGUGAAUACAGUGCAUUUGGAUCCAGAGACAGGAAAGGAAGUGGGAUGAUAACGGCAUUCCUAAUUCGUUUAUAUGCACGAGCGCGGAGGCAUGUGUUCGUUGACGAAGAUGAAAUCAAACAAAGCGUUGGAUGGUUGAAGCAAAAGCAAAAAUCGUCGGGUUGUUUCCCAGUAAAUGGUCAGGUUUUUGAUCGAUCACUUCAGGGUGGGGUGCAUCGUGAACUUAUCAUAACAGCCUACACCACAAUCGCCUUAUUGGAAGCUGGCUUUAAAAACACGACGAUGGUAUCAAACGCUCUGGAUUGUAUUCUGGGAAAACUUGAUGAUACUAUUCUAAACGCCUACGCUACUUCCUUAGCGACAUACACAUUGAUAUUGGCAGAUCAUCCUAAAGGAGGAAUAAUGUUGUCUCGUUUGAAAAACAUGGCAAUCAGUUUGAAAGGCGGACAACUCUACUGGUCAGCAAAAAGCACAGGUUCUGGUGCCUCUGAUAGAGGUACAUUCAGUUCAGUUGCCGCUGACGUAGAAACCACUGGAUAUGCUUUAUUGUCCUACCUCCACCACAAAGAACACAGUGAAGACGUAACCAAGAUUGUCAAGUGGUUAUCAAAGCAACGCAAUCAUCGGGGUGGAUUUUCUUCCACACAAGAUACUUGUGUAGCACUUCAGGCUCUCUCUGAAGUUGCUGAAAUAUAUUAUUGGGGAAACACGCUGAUGAACCUGACCAUAUCCGCGAUUAUAAACAAUAGAUUCUCGCAAGAAUUUGUCAUCACUGACAAUAACAGGUUGAUAUUACAACGGUCGAAAAUUCCAAGAAAACUCCUGCCAAAUACUCUGACAUUAAAUGCAUCUGGUUCGGGAUGUGCUUUUGUGCAGGUAUCGGUGAAAUACAAUGUACCUGCUAUUGAAACACCGUCGGCGUUUGAUCUUAAGACUUCCGUUCAUCGUCGCGAUGCAAGAGAGGAAGAAGAAACUACCUCAUGUCAUCCAUUGCGACUGCAAAUUGAAGCAAAAUGGCUCAAAAAAGAUGUUUCCAAUAUGGCAAUAGUGGAUGUUAAACUUGUGUCUGGAUUUACCGUGAACAAAAUGUCUCUGGAAUUGAAAUUAAGACACUCAAAAAAUGUUGCUUCAUGCUCAACUCGUUCAAACAAUGAUGAAACACACUUAAAAAGAUACGAAAUUGAUGGACAACGUGUUAUCCUUUAUUUUAACAAGAUAAAGGCUAUGAUUUUCUCGCUGGAUAUAAUACAGAGUACUGUGGUGAAGAACGCCCAACCGGGAGUUGUCAGUGUUUAUGAUUAUUACGAUCCAGAUAGCCAAGGGAAAAUUUUGUACAACAUCACUGAAAAUGACUGCCAUGGAAAGGAAAGAAAAGGAUGUCCAUUGACACCUUGUGGUUCUCACAGUUACUGUACAAAUAUCAAUGGUUCCUACACCUGCCAAUGUGAAUCAGGCUAUACAUCUUCCAACGGUGGACAAUCUUGUACAGCUACUGAAUGUCCUGAGGACUGGAAAAAAAUCGACGGCCUUUGCUUUUACAUUAGCAAUGACACUGCGUCUUCAUGGAAUAGUGCACGAGAUGACUGUCGUGAACGUGGCGGCCAUUUGACGGUUCCAACCAACUCCGAAAUGAAUGGUAUUGUCCUACAUGCCAUCCAGCAACGUAACAUUGAAUCAGUAUGGAUUGGCGUUUAUAGGAAAUAUGAAAGAAAGUUCUACGAAGUGGGUGGUGAUGAGAUAUUUUACCACAACUGGGAAUACAUGGAGCCAAACAACGUAGGUGGGCAGGAAAACUGCGUCGAAUUGCGAAACCUACCCCAUUUUUCAAAAAAAGGGGGAUGGAAUGAUGUGCCAUGUAACAGGAGCGAUCUUCAUUACGUUUGUCAACGUUGUUUAUAAGCAUGCCGCAGCAAAUAUACAAUUAUUGCAGUAAUGGAGGAUAAUUUCCCAGAAAAGAUUAAAAUAGCGUGAUUGGAAUAUAACUCUUAGACUUAUUCUUGCUAAUGGUAGUUUUCUUUUGAUUCAAAUUUGUACUUAAUUGA